GCUGCACGUGUUGAAGUCAAACUCAAACGUCACGGAUGUUUGCUGUCACCCGCCUUUAAAUUAGUCACUUAAUUAAAUUGCAAUAAACAGAAAUAGUCCAGUGUGAGUGCGAAAAAUGCCUUCUCCGCAACAAAACGAGAGUUCCCCCGAGCCCGAGACGUCCACUUCGAACGACAAUAAGGAAAAAGGGGCCACUGUCAACGAAAUAAUGGUAAUAGACCCGGACACCCUUGAGCUGGACCUAAACCAUGGCAGGAUCAGCAAGCUCGAAAACCUUGAGCCCUUGACACAAAUCGAGCGCCUCUUCCUGAGGUGGAAUUUGAUCACCAAAAUUGAGAAUUUGGACACGUUAGUCACGCUCCGCGAAUUGGAAUUGUACGAUAACCAAAUCGUCAAAAUGGAAAAUCUGGGAUGUUUGGUUAAUUUAGAGAUUCUAGAUUUGUCGUUUAAUCGUAUCAAGGAGAUUGAGGGACUGGAGAAUUUGCACAAUUUAGAAAAACUCUUCCUGUCGUCGAACAAAAUCAGCAAAAUCAAAAAUGUGAAGCACUUGCAGAAGCUGACAAUGCUGGAGCUGGGGGACAACAAAAUUAGGGACAUAGAGAACCUGGAAAACAUGCCAGCCCUGACCCACCUCUACUUGGGCAAAAAUAAAAUAUCAAAAAUAAAAAACUUGGACAGUCUGACCAACGUGACGUGUCUGAGCCUGCAAAGCAACCGAAUAACGCGUAUCGAGAAUUUGGAUAAGCUCACACAAUUGACCGAACUGUACAUUUCCGAGAACGGAAUUCAUAAAAUAGAAAAUCUUACGCAUAACACGUUGCUACAGACCUUGGAUUUGGCGAAAAAUAAAAUAAAGUUGAUUGAAAACAUCGAGCAUUUGAACGACUUGGAGGAGUUUUGGAUGAAUGAUAAUGAAGUUUCCGAUUGGGGAACUGUCGAGAAUUUAUCGAAGAACAAAAAGCUGGCUACAGUUUACUUGGAGCGGAAUCCGCUCGAGAAGGACCCGAUGUACAGGAGGAAAUUGAAGAUGAUCGCGCCCUCUCUAACCCAGAUCGACGCGACUUUGUGUCAGUUGUAAAAUAUUGUUUUGUAAAUUAAGGAAACCACCGUUGCCAUCUGUGCAUUUAUGAGUUGAUUAGCUAAUGAGUAACGAUUAAUUUUAGGCGUCUAAUUAUAAACCAAUCACCCAAUUGUGAAAAUCGGUUUUAAUUUUGAUAAGCCCCUGCUACGUAAAAAUAAACCAAAUAACAAUAAA